CCCCCCCAGCCACCCAGCGACCCACUACCCGCGCAACAACUAUGGGAAAAUCCAAAACAGACAACAAAUCCAGCAGCAAAUCCAGCAACUCCAAAGACAAGUCCAAAGAUGCUUCCUCCUCCUCGUCUAAGACCUCCGCAAAGGGCGAUAGUAAAUCCGACAAGCUCAAGCCCGCAAACUCCAUAAACGUCCGUCACAUCCUGUGCGAAAAGCACAGCAAGAUGGAAACCGUCCUGGAGCGGCUCGCGAACGGGGAGAAGUUCGACGCUGUUGCCAGGGAGCUUAGCGAGGACAAGGCACGUCAGGGAGGAUCGUUGGGAUGGAAGACCCGCGGGUCUCUGCUCAAGGCGUUUGAGGAUGCUGCUUAUGCCCUUGCGGUGUCUACGGUUGACAGGCCGGUUUAUACGAAUCCAGCGGUGAAGACUAGUGAAGGGUGGGUCCACACCCUCUAUUUCGAGGUGUGCCGGGCGCAUUUUGCUGACUGACUAUUUGCUGAUUAGGUACCAUUGCAUAAUGGUUGAAGGUCGAAAAUAACCAAGGAAGGGCGUGGGUGUGUGGAUUUCUCCCAGCUUUGUUGGGUUCCAAGGGAAUUGGGAUACCGAUAUUUUUCCUGCUGUUGAUAAACCUCUUUGAGAUGAUCCUUUGCUUUCUCAAGGGAGACAACCCACAUGAAACAUUGCUAUCUGUG